AUGCCUGCUCAGAAAUCUGUUGCCCUAGACUACUUCUUCGACAUGACGCCGGAGACAGCUGCGGCUUUGUCAAAAGCGCCUGCGCUGGAAGAGCUGAAUAUUGACAGCAGCUUUGAGAUGGAAAGGUGGAUUGAAAGAGGCUAUAUGCGGAUUAUCGGUGAAAACGCGAAUCUUAGAGAUAUUCGUUCGAUGGGAAGUCGUGCGAAGGACACUAUCGAGGGGGGGCUGCGGGAGACAAGGAUCCCAGAACGUAUUGUAAAAAUGAUCAACUUCAUAGAAGCCGAGGAGGACAGAGUAUGGCUUCGGAUAUUCGAACGCGAGGAAGAGCUUUUGAGGAUGGAGGCGGGAGAAGCUGGAACUGACAAUGGUGAGGAGGAAUGA